AUGAAUGACCAUCCUGUGGAGCGUGCCUUGGCAGUCACUGGAAACCAGGGAGUAGAACCUGCAAUGGAAUGGUUACUGGCCCAUUCAGAUGAACCGUUACCUAAUGAUCAAGCACCCACUUUGGAAGUAAUUGAUCCAGUAGUAGAAAAUGUGAACGAAAUGGAUUUGGAUAGAAAUGCUGAAGCUCAACCUGAUACAAGUGAGAAGAAACCUGGGGAGCAAUCUGGUAGUGGAGAAGAACCUCAAACGGAAACAAGCGAGGAAGCAAAGUCGUUCAAAUGUGAUGAAUGCGGGAAAUUGUUUAAAAGUCAACCUGAAAUGGAAUUCCAUGCAGCUAAGUCUCAACACAAUUCAUUCUCUGAAUCAACCGAAGAGAAAAAACCCCUUACUGAAGAAGAAAAAAGGGAACAGUUGAGAAAGUUGGAAGAAAAAAUGAGAGCGAAACGUCUAGAACGGGAAGAAAAGGAGAAAAAAGAUGCCUUAGAAAGAGAAAAAUUGCGGAUUAGAUCUGGAAAAGAAAUGGUGGCUGCUAAAAAAAAGUUAGAAGAGCAGGAAAUGAAAAAGCUUGUGGAACAACGAAAGAGAGAAAAACUUGAAGAGAAACUUGCCAGACAGCGUGUAAAAGAACAAAUAGAACAAGACAAAAUAGCUAGGAAGGAAAAAUUUGGCACAACUUCACCACUGUCUCCCCCUUCUGUACCACUUCCAGCUCAAGAACAUAAUGAAAGGCCUGUUCCACCUUCAUCUAAGGAGUAUACGCACACAAGACUUCAGCUCCAUUUUGAUACUUUGUCGCCAUUGACAUCUGUUGCUGGCUGUGCCCAGAUACCACCUUCCUUGCCUGAACAAUUAUCUGCUGUAAGAUUGUAUGUGGAAAUGAAUCGAACUGAUGGAGAGGGCCAUUUUCUUCUCAUGACUAAUUUUCCCAAGAAAAUAUUUUCUGAAGAGGAUUAUGAAAAGCCUUUGGAUGUGUUAGGAUUAGUGCCUUCAGCUGUUGUGAUUGUCUCAAAAAUAAACCCUGUGAAUUAUCAUAUUUGAAAAAAUUACUUGGGAUCCAACACAAGACAGUAACUGAAGCAUCUUUAAAGCCAUACUUUCAAAAUUAUAAAUAGAGAAAAAUUUUGUACUUUACAACUACUUUGUCUUGUGAUAAUGCGAUGAAAUGAAAUGUAAUGUAAUUAAAUAAAAUAAAUAUUGCCAGUUGUGAAAUUAAUGACUUGGACCUUACCAUUUUAA